AUGUCUUCAACGAUCGAGGCACCGAAACAAUUCAACCAACCUUCCCGUAAAGGCAAGAAGGCCUGGAGAAAAAAUGUGGACGUAACGGAAGUCCAAGAAGGUCUCCGUCUCUUGAAGGAUGAAGAAAUCAAAGGUGGUGUUGUGGCCGAAAAGCCAUCAGACGAACUGUUCACAAUCGAUACAACGGGCGCACCCGAGAUUCGGAAGGCAUAUCAGAAGAAGCAUAAGCCCUUGAAGGCAGAUGAGAUUCUGGCACAAAGGUCUGCUAUUCCAGGCGUGGAUACUCGCAAACGAGGAAACCCCAACGUCACGGAUGGUGUCAUCGAACCGAAGACCAAAAAGCAUAAGAGCGAUUGGGUCAGCCGCAAAGACUGGUUGCGCUUGAAGCAAGUGGCUAAGGAUGGGACACCUGCCAAAAAGGUCGGGGAGGGUGAUCUUUACGAUCCCUGGGCCGAUGCAGAAGACCCAACACCACUGGACGACCCCAAGUUCGAUUACCUGGAAAAGCCUAAGCCGAAGGUUGCGCCUGAUACAUUGAGAAGAGCGCCUAUUUCUUUAGCCGCCAAUGGUAAACCGAUUCCAUCAGUCACCACUCCUAAGGCUGGCAUAAGUUACAAUCCAGCAUUCGAAGACUGGGAUCACCUCUUGCAAGAGGAGGGAGAGAAAGCAGUCGCAGCCGAAAAGAAGCGUCUGGAAGAGGAGCGCAAGGAGGAAGAGAGAAGACGCCUGGUCGCUGAGGCUAAGGAUGAUGAUGGAAUGGUGAAAUCGGAUGACGAGAGCGCGUGGGAAGGGUUUGAAAGCGAGUAUGAAAAGCCGGAAUGGCUGAACAAGAAACGACCAGAGCGGAAGACAAAGACACAAAGAAACAAAAUCAAGAGACGCAAGGAAGCUGAAAGGCAAGCCAAGUGGGAGGCACAAAUGAAGAAAAAGGAAGACCAAGCCGACCAAGCACAAACAAUUGCUGAGAGAGCCGACGAGAUAGAACUGGAACGUGCACAGAACCCUCAAAACAAUUCUUCUGAUGAAGGUGAUGAUACAGUUUUACGUCGGAGACCUUUGGGAGGCAAGCUAUCGGUCCCCGAGAAGCCGCUCGAGGUUGUUCUGCCGGAUGAGCUUCAAGACUCAUUGCGCUUGCUCAAGCCUGAGGGCAAUCUUCUAGACGACCGGUUCAGAACAUUGAUGGUGCAAGGAAAGCUAGAGUCUCGCAAGCCAGUCUCACAGGCCAAAAAGGCUAAAAGAAAGGCUACAGAGAAGUGGACUUACAAGGACUUCAAGAGCCUUUCAAGCAAUUGGAAAAAACUCCAGGAGACGUUGAAAAAGAACGACGUCUCCACCUCCACCUCUACCAAACGCAAGGCAUCCGAUCGCGAACCCCAGAAUGGGCAAGUGAAGAAGAGGAAACCGGAGGGAACAGACGACAAGAAGAAAUUCGACCGAAACCGAGGAUCACUCAAGAGGAAAAAGAUGUCUGAAGCAUCCAAAAAUGGAGAGGAAAAGGCUGCCCAGGAGUCCGUUAAAUCCAGCUCGCGGAGAAAUUCUCUGGCUCCGGUCCCUGUACAAUCACGAGAUGCGAAAGUCAAUGAGGGCCGUUCCAAAACCGCGGAAUUAGGCAAAUAUGUUGCGAUAGACUGCGAAAUGGUAGGGGUCGGCCCAAACCCUGAUAACGACUCAGCUCUUGCGCGUGUCAGUAUUGUCAACUUCAACGGCGAACAAGUAUACGACUCCUUUGUCAGACCCAAGGAAAUGGUUACCGAUUGGCGGACACAUGUGAGCGGUAUCGCCCCGAAGCAUAUGGUGGAAGCCCGGUCCCUCGAACAGGCCCAGAAAGAUGUCGCGGAGAUCCUCGAAGGACGAAUACUUGUUGGACAUGCAGUCAGUAAUGAUCUGGAUGCUCUUCUUCUAGGUCAUCCCAAGCGUGAUAUCAGAGACACAAGCAAACACCCCCCGUAUCGGAAGAUCGCAGGCGGUGGCUCUCCUCGUUUGAAGAUGCUUGCUGCAGAGUAUCUAGGAUUGACUAUUCAAGAAGGCUCACAUUCCAGUGCAGAAGAUGCUAGGGCUACGAUGCUCUUAUAUCGACGAGAAAAGGAGGCCUUUGAGCGGGAGCAUGCAAAGAAAUGGCCGGUGCGAGUUAUUGUCGAGAGAACCGAGGAUGGAGAAGAAAAGAAGAAAAAUAAAAAGAAGAAGAAGAAGACCCGUAAGAGGUGA